GCCGCCAGUAUACGGAUCCUUCAAAUUAUCAUCAAUCCAUUAUCUAAGAUGGCCGAUCCUCUGUCUAUCAUUGGAACGGCCGGCGCGGUUGCAAACAUCAUCGAUGUAUUGACCAAAACGAUAACCACUGUCUGUGACAUGCGACAAGCAUGGAAAACCGCAGACCUAACGAUUUUGGCAUUCGAGAAUCAGCUCAACCUCCUCAAGUUCUCAUUAUGCGAAAUCCAGAAAUGGGCUGAAUCUAAGGUCGAUGAUCAAUCGCAUCAAUUGGUCAUGCAGGUGGAUAGCUGUGUCACAUGCUGUCGCCUGCUCAUCAGCAAGAUCGAUGGUGAGGUCUCACAACUUGAGAAGACAGAAGCCGGGGAUCUGAUGAUGGGAUCCAAAAUAUCUCUUCUCUUCAAAACCAAAGAUAUGGAGCAGAUUCAACGAAUGGUUGACCAGCAAACACAUACGCUGACGCUCCUCCUGAGCGCUUGCAACGCAAAUGCUUUAGAAGAACAAAGAAAGAUUCUUCAACAACCCAAAAUCAUUAGGGCGUUGGAGGAGAUGGGCCGAGAUACUGCAUCACUGAUUGUUCAUCGAGACUCCGACUCGAUAGUGACAGCUACAUCAGUAAGCUCUUCAAGAUGGUCGGUGCAGUUUGCAUUUGAUAGGGAGCUGUUCAUCACCAAAGUCUAUGAGAAGUGGAUUCGAAAACUCGCAACGACACGGAGGACACAUAGUGCUACUAUCCAAGGCGAACAGCAACGACCCUCAGACCCCCAAGCCCCUCCACCCGGCCCACCAACAGAACAAGCUACGCUCACUCGCACACAGAGUGUCGCAUCCAGAGACUCAUCUAGGUCAUCUCAAAGCAUAGGCGAACGAAUUACUUCUUUGGGACGCACUGCUAUGAGCAUUGAGUUGAAACCUCUAAACCUCACCCGGACCAGGAGUGAUUCAAAACUUCAGGCUAAGGAAUCUCGGAGAAUCGAUCAGAAGUUGAAAGAUGACUCAGAGAGUGCCAACAGGCAGAUCAAGGCAGUAAUUAUGGGCUCAGACACGAGAAAACAAGUGUUUGAAGGGAUAAGACGAUCCCGUUAUCAACCAGAAUACUAUGAUAAGACCUAUUCUCGUCUAAUAGUCUUCGAAAACGUUAUGAAGAGCUUGAAGUCCUUGAUUGCUUCACUGCGGUAUGGCCAUGCCCUCAAAGAAGCAGACCCCUUAUGGCAACACUUCGAGACUAUUUUGUCCUGCGAGAAAGACUUGAACCCGGAAACCGGUCCUGACCCUGAAUUCGCAAAAACGGUGGGCUUAGUCCUUGAACACCCAGCAACAAAGACCUUGAUGAAGAGGAGUGGUUUCGUUCUCCCUAACAAUGGCAAAUACCUAGCGGGUAAUGAAAAGGCGUUGUUCCCGCAACUUGAGGGCAAAAUUAUAAUCUUUGUUCUCGAUUUAGGAUCCUACUGUCGCACCCUGCCCAGUGACGAAGACGAACUUUUUGGCGAUACUGAACUUUCCGAGAUGAUGCUUCGAUUCGAAAAGGCCAUCAAUUCGCCAUUUUUAAGGAACUCGGGGAUUAUUGUUGUUCUUAACAACGCCAAUGCCUUGAAGAGAAAGCUCUUGACAGAACCGCUUGGUCGAUAUUUUCCAGAAUACACAGGCGGAAACGACUAUCACAGGGUUUAUGACUACAUUGUUUCGAGACUAAACCAGGUGAACCGGGCUUAUCUUCCCAUGCUCUUCCACCUUACCACUGCGGUUUAUGAUGAAAGCUGUCAUCGUUUCUUACAAGCUGCCAUUAGAGAGAUGGAUCUGAGUGCCACCCUAAAGGCAUUAAACUUAACAUAGCUUAAAUAGCCUCGGGAGAGAGACAUUGAACAUUUCAG